AUGCCUCAACUCCCCUACGUAACCCUCAACGUCUUCACCACCCAGCCACUAACAUCCGGCAACCCUCUCGCCGUGGUCACAAUCCCCCCUUCCACCACCAUAUCAAAAACCCAAGAACACCUUAUCGCCCGAGAAUUCGGAUACUCCGAGACGAUCUUCAUCUACCCAUCUUCGUCCUUAAGACCCGAACAACAAAACGAGGGAUAUACGAAGAUAGCCAUAUGGACUGUUUUGCAGGAAAUACCGUUUGCAGGACAUCCCACCGUGGGGGCUGGGUGGUACCUUGGUGGUGGUAGUGAAGUGAAGAAGGAAGGAGAGUUGUUGAUACCGGCUGGGAGGUUGAAGUAUGAAAAGGAUGUGGAUGGGAGGGUUAGGAUUGAUACGCCGCAUAAGAUUACUUUGUGGGGGAGGACUGUGAGUAGGAAACGGAUUGGGGAGAUUGUUGGGGUGCCGGUUGAGGAGUUUGGGGGGGAUGAAGGGGAGAUUUUUGAGAAUUCGACGGUGGGGGUGGCGAGGGCUAAUAAUGUUUUUGAGAGUUGGGUGGCUAAUACUACUACUAAUAGUAGUGGUAGUGGAGGAUGGGAUGCUAAUGGAAUACCCGUGGUUUCCAUUGUUGACGGGAUGACGUUCGCAUUGGUUGAAGUUAAGAGUGUGAGUGUUUUACAAGCGGUGAAGGUUGGAAGGAAAGGUGUGGUGUUGGAUAUGGUGACCGAUUUGGGGGCUACGAUUCCACCCGGUGGGAGGAGCUUCAUUGGGGUUUAUUGUUAUACAAUACUCGAAGAAACUAUCCAGGACGGGGUUAAAGGAAAAAUCAAGAUUAGAAGUCGAAUGUUUUUUAGAGGUGAUGGGGAGGAUCCGGCUACUGGAAGUGCAGCUUGUGCUCUUGGUAGUUAUUUGGCGAUUGUUAAGGGUAGUGGGGAAGGUGGUAAGGGGGUUGGAGAGUGGGAGUUUGAGGUCACGCAGGGAGUGGAGAUGGGGAGGAGGAGUGAUAUUGGGGUUAGGGUUUUACUUGAAGAUGCAGAUGCGAAUGGGAAGAGGGGGGUUAAGAAGGUUUAUUUGGAGGGGGAGGCGGUGAAGGUUAUGGAGGGGGUUUUGACGAUAUAA